UUUGAGCAAAAUAUUUUAGGCUUUAUGUGUUUCAAAUAUAUAUUAAUUCUUUGCCUUUGAAAAAUAUAAUUCUAAUGAGUGAUGGUGAUUGGUGCCAGUGCUGCAAAACGAUGUGAAUCUCUUAAUACCAUGGCAUCAUUUUUGUGGUGGAUUAUUGGCUUCUAUUGGGUGGUUUCUGGUGGUGAAAGUCUCUUGCAAAAUGCUCCAAGGCUUUACUGGUUGACCGUAGUUUUCCUAGCGUUUGAUGUCUUCUUUGCCAUCUUUUGUGUGGCUUUGGCCUGUAUUAUUGGGAUUGCACUUUGCUGUUGCUUGCCGUGCAUUAUUGCAAUUCUUUAUGCUGUGGCAGGCCAGCAAGGUGCAUCAGAUGCUGAUAUUAGCAUUCUUCAGAGAUAUAGAUAUGCUGAGCCUUGUGUCAAUGGGCCAAAGACAACUGAAGAAGGAUUAAUGGUUCCAAUUGUAAAUAACAGUGGAAUUUCAACAAGUGAACGUGUUUUGCUACAUGAGGAUGCGCUGAAUGGAUUCACCCAAACCUGGCUUAAAGGAGGUCAAAACAGUCUGUAUCCAUCUUGGAAUCGCAUUUCAAAUAGGUUUCUUUGAAUUUUAAGUUUGUACUUAUCAGCUGCAUCUUUCCAAGAGGUUUGAGUAAUCAAGCAAAAGAUGAAGAUAGAUGAUGCCUCUUGCUUUUCUUUCCAGAACAAAAUUUGUAAAAUAUAAUCAAACACAUAGAGAUUAUUAUUCUAGUCAUCUUGUAAGUAAUGAUGCUAUGCUCACAAACCUAUCAAAUGCUAAACAAAGAUUGACAAGUAGUCAGAAUAAUGAAAACUGUCACAAAUCUUCUGCUAGGAAGUUCAUCAUGAUGGCUAUUUUCUUGCUUAGUCUAGUGGUGGAAUAAUUAGGGUCACUUGAAAAUCUACUUGUUGUGCAGGACCAACUUAGUCAUCCAAACACUUAAAACUUGAUAAUAAAAUUCACACUUGUUACCUAGUCAUUAAACUUGGGUCCUUUGAAAAGAAGUGUAGAAGCAGUACCAAAUAAUGACUAUCAUGGGUAACCAUGAUUUGAAUUAACCAAAGCAUCCCGCAGCUUUCCUUCCAUUCCUUGCUAUGUGACUGAAACCAUAAUCCAAGGUCAUAUGUGCAGAUUAAAAGAAAGGACAUUGGUAGGGAAAGGCAUUGAUUGUUCUUCUCUAAUUUUUUUUAAUUUUUAUUUAGAAUAAAGGGAAAAGUAUUAAUCAAAGGCAUGGACAUGCAAAACAAAAAAGGAGCCAGAAGUCAAGGGCUACAUACAAAGAACGGGUCCCAUCCCAUACAAUGACAAGAUAGAAGACAAUAGACAAAGAAUUAAUAUCCGCUACAGAAAAAUGGAAACUUAUACAAGAACUGACACUAGCCACUUAAAAGAAGAGAACCCCAGACGUGUACAUAAAUGGACUAGUGGUCAUCAAUCUCUGUACAAUGGGUAGCUACCAACCUGCUAGCUCCAUAGCCUAGACAAUCGAAAUCAAGCAGGUUGGAUUUUUUUUUUUUGGAAAUAUUAGUAUUUUCUUUCCAACCAAUAAUUUUAGCAAAAUGUCUGUGAUAAGAUGUUAAAAAAUGAUGGCCUGUUUACUGUAGUUGAGCGUGUCUUUGG